AUGAGUCCAGCAACAUCCUACACCCUACGUCCGCUGGAGCGUAAUCCGCCCAGCAUUCCCGGUAAUGCGCUCGAGGGUGGCGCUUUCCGCGUUCAUCUAUCGCAAAAAGAGUUAAAAGCGCUGGGGCUUGUCAACGGCGACUGUGUCCGACUAAGUACAGCUGCUGGCUUCAAAGGCUAUGGAGUAGCCUGGCUAGCCUCUCAGACGAACCCUGGAAACAAGACGAUUGCCAAGGUGUCUGAUCUCCUGCGAGAGCAAUACGAGCUUUCUCUCAAUGAUCCCGUUUUCAUCGAGAAGGUCGACUCCUGGAAACCUCUCAAAUCCGUAGAGAUCAGUCUUGCGGAUGCUCAGAACCAAGCUGUCAAGUUCAGCUCAAACGAGCAACUCUUGUACUGGUUACGACAUACUCUAGCAGUGGACUCCGACAUCAUCCUCCCAGGAUGCAGCUUUCCAGUUCAGCAGAAAGGCUUCAAGCAGAAGAGCCAGAAGCUGCGCGUCACUGUGCAGAAUAUUGACCCAAGUCCAACUGAAAAACAUGCAGUGUAUUUCGAUGAGCUUAUCACUCAAGUCACCACCACUGGUGAUAUCCCCACUCAGCAGGCCCCGAAAACUUCUACACAAACUCUUCAAGUAAGGGGUGAUGGAAUUGGUGGCCUCUCUAGCCACGUUACUACCAUGAAUAAACGUCUCUCUUAUCUCACAAAUACUCUACCACACCAACACGACCUACGCCUCUGUGGACCUACUUCUUUCCUACUACACGGUCCCGAGGGUACUGGUAAAAGUCUUCUACUAGAGCGACUAGCGGAAUGCCCGUGGCAAGAAGUGUACCGAGUAGAUCCCGAUACACAUCCAAAAGGACAAGCAAAGGCAAUAUCCGACGCUUUUGAGGACGCUCGUGGCAACCAACCGAGCUUGAUUAUCAUGGACAAUCUUGAUAGGUUCCUCGAUAAAGCCGAGACACUCGUAAACAAGCUGCGGACUGAGCUAGCAAAAUUGGGCGGCAGCCAAGUAGUUGUCGCAGCAGCAGCACGUAGCAUAUACGACAUUGAUACUAGCCUUCGGUCACCGUCAGCUUUCAAGACAAAGCUCGAACUCUUUCCACCUAACGCUAAGCAGAGAGAGGAUAUCCUAAGACAGAUCUUGGGCACUAGCAGGCUUGGAGACCUUGACUUCCUUGCGCUAGCAGAGCGUACGCACGGCUUCGUCGGACGUGACAUUCACGAUUUGUGUCUUCUCGCAAGAGACCGACGAGAACAGCAGAUAGACGAGUCGAUAAGCGAAGAGGAGAAGACUACAUUUAGCGAAAAGCUUGAGCAGACAGAUUACGUCCGUCAAGAGGACUUUGAUGCAGUGUUUGGCGAGGUACAACCGACGGUACUCAAGGACAGCAUCCUCGAAGUUCCCAAGGUCAGAUGGACGGACAUAGCUGGUCUGGAUCACGUCCGCGCUGUGCUCGAGGCCAUCACUAUCCGUCCCUUCAAGUAUCCUGACCUUGACAUCAAAUUUGGCGGACCUCAGUCUCGCAAAGGUGUCCUGCUCUACGGCCCGCCCGGUUGCGCAAAGACCCUGAUCGCGCAAGCCGUCGCAACAGAGAGCAAACAAAACUUCCUCGCAGUCAAAGGUUCCGAACUCAUCAAGAUGUACGUUGGCGAAUCGGAGCGAGCUAUCCGCGACGUAUUUCGCAGAGCGCGCGCAGCAAAACCCUGCAUCAUCUUCUUCGACGAAAUCGAUUCCAUCGGCAAAUCGCGUGAGAAGACCCAGGAUAGCGGCCUGAACGUCGUCACAACGCUGCUAAACGAAAUGGAUGGUAUUGAGGCACUGAAAGACGUCUUCAUCAUUGGCGCAACCAAUCGGCCUGACAUUCUCGACUCGGCGCUCAUUCGUACAGGCCGUUUCGAUGCACACAUUCACAUUGGCCUCCCAACCGAGGAAGCACGAAAGCAGAUUCUGCAGAUCCACACGCGAAAGAGACCACUCGCAGAGGAUGUUGAUCUAGAUGUUGUUGCCAAGAGGACUGAAGGGAGCAGUGGAGCAGAUAUCAGUGGGUUGUGCGCUGUUGCUAUCGAGUUGGCCAUUACAGAUUACACAAUGGAUCCUAGUAGUGAGCCAAAAGUGUAUAUGCGGCACUUUGAGCAGGCGAUACAACAGCAUGUUCCGCAUACCAUUGCGGCGGAAGCAGAACGGUACAAGAACUGGCGGCCGGGCAAGUCAUUGUCAGAGGAUUAG